AUGUCUUUUUAUGCGGCGGCUCCCUUCUUGUGCAGGUGCCUGUUGAAAGUGCGAAGCAGCGGCUUCCUCUGGAUCAGUAAGAUAACGGCAAGAGGCAGUCGGACUAUAUGCUGGAAGAUCACACUGUUGUCUUUAAGCAUUGCUGUGGUGCUGUUACUUGUCCAUGACAACCUUCUCUCCCCGCCCAGCAUUCCCAGGCAAGCUUAUAAUGACAAACAGACUCUGCAGACAAUUAAAAGCACAGAGAAAACGGAACCUAUCAUUUACGUCAUCACACCCACCUACAAACGCCCAGAGCAGAUCGCUGAGCUCACACGCCUCGGCCAGACUCUACUUAGCGUCUCCGGAAUCCACUGGAUCAUAGGAGACGACAGCUCGAAGGUGAACAAGCGGGUCUUAGAACUCCUUGAAUUCCUCGGCAUCCCUCACACUUACCUCUUGACGCCGAUGCCGGAAGUAUACAGGAAUGCAGUGGUCAAAGUGGGUCGUAAAGCGUGGCGUAGGAGCAAACGGGCGUUUGUGCAGUUACCGAGGGGCGUGGCCAACAGGAUGGGAGGACUUGACUGGGUUAAGAAACAUGCAUCGUCAGGAGUCGUUUACUUCGCUGACGACGACAACACCUACGACAUCAGGCUCUUCGAAGAGAUGCGAUAUACCAAGCGGGUGUCCAUGUGGCCAGUGGGGCUCAUGUCGUCCUCGGGAGUAUCGACGCCCGUCCUCCAGAAAGGGGAGUUUAUUGGCUGGUACGACGGCUUCAUUUCCAACCGAGUGUUCCCCGUAGAUAUGGCUGGAUUUGCCGUGUCCGUUGAGCUCCUUCACCAGGCCCCGAAUGCCAGCAUGCCAUUCAAAGCGGGGCAUGAAGAGACUGGGUUCCUCGAGAGUCUGGGGAUCAGCGUGGCGGACAUCGAAUUCAGAGCCGACAAUUGUUCCAAGAUCUACGUAUGGCAUACUCAGACAGUGAGGAUAUAUGUUUCUCGGAGACUCGAGUUCAUGCGAAAACAGUACAGAGACUCGAAUGUGGGAAUUCUUAUGGAAAGCAUGACUAUUCUGUACGGGAAGAUACCCCCAGCUUGGCGUGGCUUAGUCGCAGACAUGACUAAAUCAUCAAAGAGAAGAAUAGCAAAACCCCCAACCGUGUCAAAGGACGACGUCUUCGCUAAAGUGCCAACCAUGGUCUUGAUAUAUACUUAUAUGGUCCUUGGUGCCAACGAGGGUGGGCGAGCAGGACCUCUGUCGACGCUGAACGCAGCGCAGCCCACCACGCAAUUCACCUUCGACGACGACUCCUUGCUCUCGGAAUCCAGAAAGCCCAUUAACAAGGACGACUUCAUCCAUGUCGGUCGUCGGCUCCUUUCUCCGAGAGCCACGAAUUCCUGGAGGAAAGCCGACUUGUAA